GUACAUACCAAGCCAAGCCUCACAGUGCUGCGCUUACUAAACCAAGUGGCUUAAAAAUUUGCUGCGAUGCCGUUGUUCCCAGACCUCUCUGUCUGUGCUGGACUCGCUCUGUGAGGCAGUGCAGUGCACAGAUCAGAGCUCUGAUCGCAGAGCAGGUGGACAGUGUGAGAGGAGAGACCAAAAUCACCUGUUUGGGAAAUCUGGAACAACAGCGGAGCAAAAAGAAGGAGGAACAGAGUCACUGUCCGCCCACCCCCCACCACUCUCGUAUGCACUCACACAUACACACACACUCCCCUUGCCUCUCCCAUCUUUCCUCCCUAUUUGUCUCCUCCGCUCUCCGAUGCUGGUGUGGUGAACAGCAGGACUCUCUUGGCUGAGCUGCAUGGAGGCACAGGGAGGGGCAGGGAGCCCAGAGCCCAAUAAAGACAUUCAGAAACUGCUGAAGCCGUCCAGCUCAGGUGACCUGUCCAAGGAGCUGUUCCAGCAUCCGUCAGGGGAGGAGGAGGGCACCCUGUCAGGGCACACUGCUAGCCUGCUGCACAUCACUGAGAGGAGACAACCACUGAGCAGUGUGUCUUCCUUAGAGGUGCACUUCGACCUCCUGGAUCUGACUGAGCUGACGGACAUGUCUGACCAGGAACUGGCUGAAGUUUUUGCUGACUCUGAUGAGGAGAACCACAAUGAGUCUCCAGCAGGUUCCCACCAGCCUGUCCUGCCCAGAGGUGGGUACAUGCGCUCCCCCUCGUGGACACGCUGCAGCAAAGUCGAGCCUCCGCGUGAGAGAAAGCACCACAGUGACUCAGACACCGCAGAGCCCUUAAUGAAGCUGGAAAGGCCAAAGCAACCAUGAUAUCUGACGUGAGACAGGCGGACCACAGAGAGAAAACCCGGAGCCAGUCACACAGCCGGAGUGGUAACACAAAACGGACCAAGGGGCCUCCAUCUGCCACCGUGCACUCACAAAAAAAUGUCACUGGUGCUGGUGAGUUCAGGCUGAACUCUGGACACUGUGCUCUGUACCCUAAGAGACGUGCAAUAUGUACACUCUCCUCCUUUCUCCCUGUUCUCCCUCUCUCUCAAACACACACAAACACAUGCAAUCGUUGUGUUUUUCAUACAAAACUUCUUUCCUAAAUCCACUCUGAGCUGCCAGAUGACUUUAAGCUUUGUUUCUUCCUUUGGAUGACAGACAGGGUAUGAGGCCAGCAGAGUAACAGCCCCUUCACCAUACCGGCCUGUCAGGGUGGACCUGCACAGCGAGAUUAGCACUAAAAGUUGAGUCCACAUCGCAAGGCUAGACCUUCUGUGUGAUAUUCAAACAGUAGGAAUCUCUCACUGAGACGUAUUGUGUUGCUUAUUAGACCGAUGGGGUUUUCUGUCGCCUCUAAGUAAAUGAACGUGAGAAGAGGAUGUGGGUUUCAGUGAGGCUCAGAUCUAUCGAUUCUACUUUCUCCAUUUUAAUGAAGAAUGUGUGUUGUUAUUUUAAAUGCCUACAUAAAAAAAAAAAUAAUUAAAAAAAUCACUUCUUUCACUAAACUGCAUUUGCAAUACCCUCCAGAAUUAUUGGCAUUUGGUUCAGAUGACUCGAAAGAUAAACAGACCAAGUAGCAGCUGAGAGCAAUACACAUUUCCAUACACAAACGCUUUUUUUUUUUUUAGAAUUUGUUUAGAUUGUCUUCACUUUCCUUAUCUUUAUGGGAAACUAAGGCUGCCACAAAUGCUGCUGCUAAGAUAAUUAAAGUGAUCCGAAGGUGAAUUCACAGCAUAGACAGGUGGAUUUGCGUGGAUGCCAAACAGACACAACAAAGUGCCAACCAUUUUGUAAUCACUGUUCAAAUAAUGGAAUAAAUUUCACUUUGGAUGCAAUAUUUCUUACCUUUGUCAAAGAAGGGAAUAGCUGAGUACUUGAUUUAUUUGUCGUGUGUAAGCUUGUCUACACCAGGAGUGCCAAUAAUUCUGAAUGCUGUGACAUGGAUGAAUCAAAAGUGGACGGAACGGGGUGGAAGAAGAAUAAAGACAAAGAGAAGUUUAA